CCCACUUAUCACAAGGUAAAAGACAUUGGAAACAGGUGAGCUGGAGCAGAACGGAUCUCUACGAGGUCAGUGAAGAUGUUCCAGAUGAAGAUGCUGGAAUGGGCCAUAGUGCUACUGGGCCUACAGUCUGCAUAUGCAGGAUAUAAGAAAGAUGUUGGGGACACAAGCUCAAAAGAAUCAAGCUCAAAAGAAUCAAGCUCAGAAGAAGAUUUUUUGCCAACAACGGUCUUCCCCACUCUGCCAAAUCUGGUGACAAUAUCAGAACCUAAUCCGGAUCAUCAAACCACUCUCUGUAGCACAUGGGGAAAUUUUCACUUCAGGACCUUUGAUGGUCAUUUCUUUCAAAUGGCUGACACAUGUAACCACAUUCUGGCUGUGAUGUGUGACACACAUGUCUCAGAUUUUAACAUCCAAAUGCAAAGAAUGAUUGUGAAUGGCUCGGUUACUUUCACCUCAGUCAAAUUAGAGCUGGAGGGGACGUCCAUCAAAUUUAGUCAAGGCAACAUCUACAUGGACGACAAAGUGGUAUCUAUUCCCAUGAGUCAGAAUGGAAUUAAAAUCGAGGGAAGCCCUGCGAGUGUUAAGGUCUCCAAAUAUGGAGUGACUGUUAUUUGGGAGGAAGAAGAUCACUCUAUGGUGAUUGAACUUGCUGAGAAGUACAGAGGUCGGACGUGUGGACUCUGUGGAAACUUCAAUGGCGACAAUUCUGAUGACGUGAUUUUAAAAGAUCCAGAGACAUGGAAGGUCUCCAUACCAGCUGAACCCUGUGAAGAAAUUCCACUUCCCCCCAGCGAUCAGUGUGAAAACCAGGUUGGCAUUUGUAAGCAGUAUCUGAAGAGUUCAGGGUUUGAUGGCUGUCGCCAUCUGAUGGACCUGAGUUCAUUUGAGAAAGUUUGCACAGAUGACCUGUGUCAAUGUCCUGGAAACCAGGACUGUGUCUGCAACACGCUUACAGAAAUAUCACGACAGUGCACGCAUGCUGGUGGCAAGCCGGGAAAGUGGAGAACAGAUCAACACUGUCCAAAGACAUGUCCACUAAACAUGGUAUACAUGGAGUGUGGUGGCCCAUGCAAAAACACCUGCUCGGCCCCAAAUGGAACCCUGCUGUGUACAGAUCACUGUGUAGAUGGCUGUUUCUGCCCUGAGGGCACUGUGGAAGACAACAUUGGUAACAGUGGUUGCGUUCCUUUAAACAAAUGCCCAUGUAUGCACGACGGCAAAAUAUACCAGACUGGAGAGUCAUACGAGCAAGCGUGUAAAAAAUGCGAGUGUGCUGCUGGAUACUGGAGUUGCACGGAUCUGGAAUGUCCUGGAAUCUGUUCUGUUAUGGGAGGCUCUCACAUCACCACCUAUGAUAGAAAAACCUUCAGCUUUAAUGGCAACUGUGACUACAUCCUCACUAAGCACUCUAAUGACAGCAGUUUCGCUGUUGUUGGAAAUCUGGACAAGUGUGAUCCGAGCCGAACUGACAUGUGUUUGAAUUCUGUUACUCUGAUCAUGUCAAAGACCAUAGUGACCACUGUAAUUUUUUCAUCCAGUGGGACUGUCACGCUAAAUGGAAUCAGUCCAGAUAUGUUUCCAAUAAUCACAGAGGAAGUGGUCAUCAUCCAGCCCUCAUCAUCCUUCAUUAUCGCUGAAAUAAAGAAUUUUCGUCUAGAAAUCCAACUGUCUCCAAUCAUGCAGUUGUAUAUUAAAGCCAGCAACUCAGAGAAAGGCAAAAUGAGUGGUCUGUGUGGGAACUAUAACGGUGUCCAGAAAGAUGACUUCAAAACAGAUUCAGGCAUUAUAGAGGGAACACCAACAUCCUUUGUCAACUUUUGGAAAAAGAACCCAUACAGUUGUCCAGAUGUUGAAAACACAUUUGACAACCCCUGCAGUCUAAGAGUGGAAACAGAAAAACUUGCAAAAGACUGGUGUUCCCGUCUGACGGAUCCAAAUGGAACCUUCUCCUCAUGUCAUUCAGAAAUAUUUCCUGACAUUUACUAUCAAAACUGCGUUUAUGACACCUGUAAGUGUGCUGAUAUUGAGAAGUGUAUGUGUGCUUCCCUCUCCGCCUAUGCCCAUGCAUGUGCCGAAAGAGGGAUCAUUCUCCACGGAUGGCUGGAUUCAUACCCCUGUGACAAAGUGUCCGAGUGUUCAGAAAAUAUGGAGUACUCCUACAAUGUGACCAGUUGUAGAAAAACCUGUCGUUCUAACUCUAAGACCGACUACAUCUGCAAAGUGUCUACACCUGUGGAUGGCUGUGUUUGUUCAAAAGGGGCUUACCUAAACGAUGCAGGCCAGUGUGUGAAUGCUGACCAGUGUCCUUGUUACUAUAACAACCUGGUCAUAGAGCCAUCAGGAUCAGUAAACGUAGAUGGAGCCAACUGCACCUGCACUCACGGCAAAAUACACUGCAACAGUCCGGAAGACUGUGUGGCUCCAAUGGUCUACGUCAAAUGUUCGAUGAGUGAACAUGGAAAAACAGGAGCAGAGUGUCAAAGGACAUGCCAGAACCAAGACCCACAUAACUGCGUCAGCACAGGAUGUGUAUCAGGAUGUAUGUGCCCAGAUCAUCUGCUAGCUGAUGGUCAAGGUGGCUGUGUGGAGAAGGAAAACUGUCCUUGUUUUCACAAUGGAUUAACUUAUUCACCUGGGGAUGAGAUUCAAGACGAUUGCAACACCUGCAAAUGCAAAAAAGGGAUGUGGAGUUGUACUGGUAAAGAUUGUUACGGCACCUGUACCAUCUAUGGUGAAGGACAUUAUAAGACUUUUGAUGGAAGAAAAUAUUUUUACCACGGAGGCUGUGAAUACAUCUUAGCACAAGAUUACUGCAACAUGGGAGAGAGUCAAUACUCAUUACGCAUUGUUACAGAGAACAUUCCCUGUGGCUCCACCGACUCUAUUUGCUCCAAAUCUGUAAAUCUUUUCUUUGGGAAAUACAAGGUGGUUUUAUCUGAAGUGGAUGGAGUAAAAGUUAUUGAAACCAAUGGAACCGACUACCAAUAUCAAAUCAAUUCUGUGGGGAUUUACACUGUAAUUGAGAUCAAAAAGCUUUUAAACGUAAUUUGGGAUGGCAAAACAACCCUGAUGCUCCAACUCCAUCCCAGCUUAAAGGGCAAAGUGUGUGGACUGUGUGGAAACUUUGACGGUAAUGCAAAUAACGACUUUGUAAAGCAUGAUGGAGAAGAGGUCACUGAUGCGGUGGUGUUUGGAAGUAGCUGGAAAGUGAAACCAAGCUGCCCAGAAGUGGACAGUUUGAUAGACCCUUGUGAGAAAAACCCUCACCGGAGUGUCUGGGCUAUCAAACAAUGCAGCAUCAUUACAAGCAAUGUCUUUAAAGACUGCCAUGCACAUGUGGACUCUGCCCCAUACUAUGAUGCCUGUGUGAGGGACACCUGUGCAUGUGAUUCUGGGGGAGACUGUGAUUGUUUCUGUACAGCAGUGGCUGCGUAUGCGGCUGAAUGUAGAAAGAAAGAGGCUUGCAUUGCAUGGCGUACUCCACAUAUUUGUCCUUUAUUCUGUGACUACUACAAUGACCCAGUGGGAGACUGUGAGUGGCACUACAGAACCUGUGGUUCGGCCUGCAUGAAAACAUGCAAAAACCCAGAAGGGACCUGUUCCAAUCAAAUUCCUCUCCUAGAAGGGUGUUUUCCUCAGUGCCCUUCUGACAGGCCAUUUUUAAAGGAAGAAACCCAAAAAUGCGUCACAGAGAUAGAGUGUCAUACGUGUGUAUAUGAUGGGAAGGAGUUUACGAUUGGAGAAGAAGUGUACCACACCACAGAUGGACACGGCAUGUGUUUCAAAGCUGUGUGUGGAUCAAAUGCAACAAUAAUUAGAUAUAUGGAAACUUGCACCACAACAGCUAAACCAUUUACUUUCCAAAGUCAAAAAACAACAACACAACCAACAACAGCUACACAAACCACGGGUGUGUCCACAACUGCAGGACCAUCAACAACACAACCAACAACAGCUACACAAACCACGGGUGUGUCCACAACUGCAGGACCAUCAACAGGAACAGCACAAUCAACAACACCAUCAACAGGAACAGCACAAUCAACAACACAACCAAUAAAAGAGGAAACAACACAAAUAUCAACAGCUACUCAUGCCACUGGUGUGUCCACAACUGCAGGACCAUCAACAACACAACCAACAACAGCUACACAAACCACUGGUGUGUCCACCACUGCAGGACCAUCAACAGGAACAGCACAAACAACAACACCAUCAACAGGAACAGCACAAUCAACAACACAACCAAUUAAAGAGGAAACAACACAAGUAUCAACAGCUACUCAUGCCACUGGUGUGUCCACAACUGCAGGACCAUCAACAACACAACCUACAACAGCUACACAUACCACGGGUGUGUCCACAACUGCAGGACCAUCAACAGGAACAGCACAAUCAACAACACCAUCAACAGGAACAGCACAAUCAACAACACAACCAAUAAAAGAGGAAACAACACAAGUAUCAACAGCUACUCAUGCCACUGGUGUGUCCACAACUAUAGGAGCAUCAACAACACAACCAACAACAGCUACACAUACCACGGGUGUGUCCACAACUGCAGGACCAUCAACAGGAACAGCACAAUCAACAACACCAUCAACAGGAACAGCACAAUCAACAACACAACCAAUAAAAGAGGAAACAACACAAAUAUCAACAGCUACUCAUGCCACUGGUGUGUCCACAACUGCAGGACCAUCAACAACAAAACCAACAACAGCUACACAAACCACUGGUGUGUCCACAACUGCAGGACCAUCAACAGGAACGGCACAAUCAACAACACAACCAAUAAAAGAGGAAACAACACAAGUAUCAACAGCUACUCAUGCCACUGGUGUGUCCACAACUGCAGGACCAUCAACAACAAAACCAACAACAGCUACACAAACCACUGGUGUGUCCACAACUGCAGGACCAUCAACAGGAACAGCACAAUCAACAACACAACCAAUAAAAGAGGAAACAACACAAGUAUCAACAGCUACUCAUGCCACUGGUGUGUCCACAACUGCAGGACCAUCAACAAAACAACCUACAACAGCUACACAAACAACUGGUGUGUCCACAACUGCAGGACCAUCAACAGGAACAGCACAUUCAACAACACAACCAAUAAAAGAGGAAACAACACAAGUAUCAACAGCUACUCAUGCCACUGGUGUGUCCACAACUGCAGGACCAUCAACAACACAACCUACAACAGCUACACAAACCACUGGUGUGUCCACAACUGCAGGACCAUCAACAGGAACGGCACAAUCAACAACACAACCAAUAAAAGAGGAAACAACACAAGUAUCAACAGCUACUCAUGCCACUGGUGUGUCCACAACUGCAGGACCAUCAACAACAAAACCAACAACAGCUACACAAACCACUGGUGUGUCCACAACUGCAGGACCAUCAACAACACAACCUACAACAGCUACACAAACAACUGGUGUGUCCACAACUGCAGGACCAUCAACAGGAACAGCACAAUCAACAACACCAUCAACAGGAACAGCACAAUCAACAACACAACCAAUUAAAGAGGAAACAACACAAGUAUCAACAGCUACUCAUGCCACUGGUGUGUCCACAACUGCAGGACCAUCAACAACAAAACCAACAACAGCUACACAAACCACUGGUGUGUCCACAACUGCAGGACCAUCAACAGGAACGGCACAAUCAACAACACAACCAAUAAAAGAGGAAACAACACAAGUAUCAACAACUACUCAUGCCACUGGUGUGUCCACAACUGCAGGACCAUCAACAACAAAACCAACAACAGCUACACAAACCACUGGUGUGUCCACAACUGCAGGACCAUCAACAGGAACAGCACAAUCAACAACACAACCAAUAAAAGAGGAAACAACACAAGUAUCAACAGCUACUCAUGCCACUGGUGUGUCCACAACUGCAGGACCAUCAACAACACAACCUACAACAGCUACACAAACAACUGGUGUGUCCACAACUGCAGGAACAUCAACAGGAACAGCACAUUCAACAACACAACCAAUAAAAGAGGAAACAACACAAGUAUCAACAGCUACUCAUGCCACUGGUGUGUCCACAACUGCAGGACCAUCAACAACACAACCUACAACAGCUACACAUACCACGGGUGUGUCCACAACUGCAGGACCAUCAACAGGAACAGCACAAUCAACAACACAACCAAUAAAAGAGGAAACAACACAAGUAUCAACAGCUACUCAUGCCACUGGUGUGUCCACAACUACAGGAGCAUCAACAACACAACCUACAACAGCUACACAUACCACGGGUGUGUCCACAACUGCAGGACCAUCAACAGGAACAGCACAAUCAACAACACCAUCAACAGGAACAGCACAAUCAACAACACAACCAAUAAAAGAAGAAACAACACAAGUAUCAACAGCUACUCAUGCCACUGGUGUGUCCACAACUGCAGGACCAUCAACAACAAAACCAACAACAGCUACACAAACCACUGGUGUGUCCACAACUGCAGGACCAUCAACAGGAACGGCACAAUCAACAACACAACCAAUAAAAGAGGAAACAACACAAGUAUCAACAGCUACUCAUGCCACUGGUGUGUCCACAACUGCAGGACCAUCAACAACAAAACCAACAACAGCUACACAAACCACUGGUGUGUCCACAACUGCAGGACCAUCAACAGGAACAGCACAGUCAACAACACAACCAAUAAAAGAGGAAACAACACAAGUAUCAACAGCUACUCAUGCCACUGGUGUGUCCACAACUGCAGGACCAUCAACAACACAACCUACAACAGCUACACAAACAACUGGUGUGUCCACAACUACAGGACCAUCAACAGGAACAGCACAUUCAACAACACAACCAAUAAAAGAGGAAACAACACAAGUAUCAACAGCUACUCAUGCCACUGGUGUGUCCACAACUGCAGGACCAUCAACAACACAACCUACAACAGCUACACAAACAACUGGUGUGUCCACAACUACAGGACCAUCAACAGGAACAGCACAUUCAACAACACAACCAAUAAAAGAGGAAACAACACAAGUAUCAACAGCUACUCAUGCCACUGGUGUGUCCACAACUGCAGGACCAUCAACAACACAACCUACAACAGCUACACAAACCACUGGUGUGUCCACAACUGCAGGACCAUCAACAGGAACAGCACAAUCAACAACACAACCAAUAAAAGAGGAAACAACACAAGUAUCAACAGCUACUCAUGCCACUGGGGUGUCCACAACUAAAGGACCAUCAACAACACAACCAACAACAGCUACACAAACAACUGGUGUGUCCACAACUGCAGGACCAUCAACAGGAACAACAAAACCAAUAAAAGAGGAAACAACACAAGUAUCAACAGCUACUCAUGCCACUGGUGUGUCCACAACUGCAGGACUAUCAACAACACAACCUACAACAGCUACACAAACCACUGCUGUGUCCACAACUGCAGGACCAUCAACAGGAACGGCACAAUCAACAACACAACCAAUAAAAGAGGAAACAACACAAGUAUCAACAGCUACUCAUGCCACUGGGGUGUCCACAACUAAAGGACCAUCAACAACACAACCAACAACAGCUACUCACACCACUGGUGUGUCCACAACUGCAGGACCAUCAACAGGAACGGCACAAUCAACAACACAACCAAUAAAAGAGGAAACAACACAAGUAUCAACAGCUACUCAUGCUACUGGGGUGUCCACAACUAAAGGACCAUCAACAACACAACCAACAACAGCUACACAAACCACUGGUGUGUCCACAACUGCAGGACCAUCAACAGGAACAGCACAAUCAACAACACAACCAAUAAAAGAGGAAACAACACAAGUAUCAACAGCUACUCAUGCCACUGGUGUGUCCACAACUAAAGGACCAUCAACAACACAACCAACAACAGCUACACAAACCACUGGUGUGUCCACAACUGCAGGAGCAUCAACAGGAACGGCACAAUCAACAACAAAACCAAUAAAAGAGGAAACAACACAAGUAUCAACAGCUACUCAUGCCACUGGUGUGUCCACAACUAAAGGACCAUCAACAACACAACCAACAACAGCUACACAAACCACUGGUGUGUCCACAACUGCAGGAGCAUCAACAGGAACGGCACAAUCAACAACAAAACCAAUAAAAGAGGAAACAACACAAGUAUCAACAGCUACUCAUGCCACUGAGGUGUCCACAACUAAAGGACCAUCAACAACACAACCAACAACAGCUACACAAACCACUGGUGUGUCCACAACUGCAGGACCAUCAACAGGAACGGCACAAUCAACAACACAACCAAUAAAAGAGGAAACAACACAAGUAUCAACAGCUACUCAUGCCACUGGGGUGUCCACAACUAAAGGACCAUCAACAACACAACCAACAACAGCUACACAAACCACUGGUGUGUCCACAACUGCAGGACCAUCAACAGGAACAGCACAAUCAACAACACAACCAAUAAAAGAGGAAACAACACAAGUAUCAACAGCUACUCAUGCCACUGGUGUGUCCACAACUAAAGGACCAUCAACAACACAACCAACAACAGCUACACAAACCACUGGUGUGUCCACAACUGCAGGAGCAUCAACAGGAACGGCACAAUCAACAACAAAACCAAUAAAAGAGGAAACAACACAAGUAUCAACAGCUACUCAUGCCACUGGUGUGUCCACAACUAAAGGACCAUCAACAACACAACCAACAACAGCUACACAAACCACUGGUGUGUCCACAACUGCAGGAGCAUCAACAGGAACGGCACAAUCAACAACAAAACCAAUAAAAGAGGAAACAACACAAGUAUCAACAGCUACUCAUGCCACUGAGGUGUCCACAACUAAAGGACCAUCAACAACACAACCAACAACAGCUACACAAACCACUGGUGUGUCCACAACUGCAGGACCAUCAACAGGAACAGUACAAUCAACAACACAACCAAUAAAAGAGGAAACAACACAAGUAUCAACAGCUACUCAUGCCACUGGGGUGUCCACAACUAAAGGACCAUCAACAACACAACCAACAACAGCUACACAAACCACUGGUGUGUCCACAACUGCAAGACCAUCAACAGGAACAGCACAAUCAACAACACAACCAAUUAAAGAGGAAACAACACAAGUAUCAACAACUACUCAUGCCACUGGGGUGUCCACAACUGCAGGACCAUCAACAACACAACCAACAACAGCUACACAAACCACUGGUGUGUCCACAACUGCAGGAGCAUCAACAGGAACGGAACAAUCAACAACACAACCAAUAAAAGAGGAAACAACACAAGUAUCAACAGCUACUCAUGCCACUGAGGUGUCCACAACUAAAGGACCAUCAACAACACAACCAACAACAGCUACACAAACCACUGGUGUGUCCACAACUGCAGGACCAUCAACAGGAACAGUACAAUCAACAACACAACCAAUAAAAGAGGAAACAACACAAGUAUCAACAGCUACUCAUGCCACUGGGGUGUCCACAACUGCAGGACCAUCAACAACACAACCAACAACAGCUACACAAACCACUGGUGUGUCCACAACUGCAAGACCAUCAACAGGAACAGCACAAUCAACAACACAACCAAUUAAAGAGGAAACAACACAAGUAUCAACAGCUACUCAUGCCACUGGGGUGUCCACAACUGCAGGACCAUCAACAACACAACCAACAACAGCUACACAAACCACUGGUGUGUCCACAACUGCAGGACCAUCAACAGGAACAGUACAAUCAACAACACAACCAAUAAAAGAGGAAACAACACAAGUAUCAACAGCUACUCAUGCCACUGGGGUGUCCACAACUAAAGGACCAUCAACAACACAACCUACAACUGCUACUCAUACCACUGGUGUGUCCACAACUGCAGGACCAUCAACAGGAACGGCACAAUCAACAACACAACCAAUAAAAGAGGAAACAACACAAGUAUCAACAGCUACUCAUGCCACUGAGGUGUCCACAACUAAAGGACCAUCAACAACACAACCAACAACAGCUACACAAACCACUGGUGUGUCCACAACUGCAGGAGCAUCAACAGGAACGGCACAAUCAACAACAAAACCAAUAAAAGAGGAAACAACACAAGUAUCAACAGCUACUCAUGCCACUGGGGUGUCCACAACUGCAGGACCAUCAACAACACAACCAACAACAGCUACACAAACCACUGGUGUGUCCACAACUGCAGGAGCAUCAACAGGAACGGCACAAUCAACAACACAACCAAUAAAAGAGGAAACAACACAAGUAUCAACAGCUACUCAUGCCACUGAGGUGUCCACAACUAAAGGACCAUCAACAACACAACCAACAACAGCUACACAAACCACUGGUGUGUCCACAACUGCAGGACCAUCAACAGGAACAGUACAAUCAACAACACAACCAAUAAAAGAGGAAACAACACAAGUAUCAACAGCUACUCAUGCCACUGGGGUGUCCACAACUGCAGGACCAUCAACAACACAACCAACAACAGCUACACAAACCACUGGUGUGUCCACAACUGCAAGACCAUCAACAGGAACAGCACAAUCAACAACACAACCAAUUAAAGAGGAAACAACACAAGUAUCAACAGCUACUCAUGCCACUGGGGUGUCCACAACUGCAGGACCAUCAACAACACAACCAACAACAGCUACACAAACCACUGGUGUGUCCACAACUGCAGGAGCAUCAACAGGAACGGCACAAUCAACAACAAAACCAAUAAAAGAGGAAACAACACAAGUAUCAACAGCUACUCAUGCCACUGGUGUGUCCACAACUAAAGGACCAUCAACAACACAACCAACAACAGCUACACAAACCACUGGUGUGUCCACAACUGCAGGACCAUCAACAGGAACAGUACAAUCAACAACACAACCAAUAAAAGAGGAAACAACACAAGUAUCAACAGCUACUCAUGCCACUGGGGUGUCCACAACUGCAGGACCAUCAACAACACAACCAACAACAGCUACACAAACCACUGGUGUGUCCACAACUGCAAGACCAUCAACAGGAACAGCACAAUCAACAACACAACCAAUUAAAGAGGAAACAACACAAGUAUCAACAGCUACUCAUGCCACUGGGGUGUCCACAACUGCAGGACCAUCAACAACACAACCAACAACAGCUACACAAACCACUGGUGUGUCCACAACUGCAGGACCAUCAACAGGAACAGUACAAUCAACAACACAACCAAUAAAAGAGGAAACAACACAAGUAUCAACAGCUACUCAUGCCACUGGGGUGUCCACAACUAAAGGACCAUCAACAACACAACCUACAACAGCUACACAAACCACUGGUGUGUCCACAACUGCAGGACCAUCAACAGGAACGGCACAAUCAACAACACAACCAAUAAAAGAGGAAACAACACAAGUAUCAACAGCUACUCAUGCCACUGGGGUGUCCACAACUAAAGGACCAUCAACAACACAACCAACAACAGCUACACAAACCACUGGUGUGUCCACAACUGCAGGAGCAUCAACAGGAACGGCACAAUCAACAACAAAACCAAUAAAAGAGGAAACAACACAAGUAUCAACAGCUACUCAUGCCACUGGGGUGUCCACAACUAAAGGACCAUCAACAACACAACCAACAACAGCUACACAAACCACUGGUGUGUCCACAACUGCAGGAGCAUCAACAGGAACGGCACAAUCAACAACACAACCAAUAAAAGAGGAAACAACACAAGUAUCAACAGCUACUCAUGCCACUGAGGUGUCCACAACUAAAGGACCAUCAACAACACAACCAACAACAGCUACACAAACCACUGGUGUGUCCACAACUGCAGGACCAUCAACAGGAACAGUACAAUCAACAACACAACCAAUAAAAGAGGAAACAACACAAGUAUCAACAGCUACUCAUGCCACUGGGGUGUCCACAACUGCAGGACCAUCAACAACACAACCAACAACAGCUACACAAACCACUGGUGUGUCCACAACUGCAGGACCAUCAACAGGAACGGCACAAUCAACAACACAACCAAUAAAAGAGGAAACAACACAAGUAUCAACAGCUACUCAUGCCACUGAGGUGUCCACAACUAAAGGACCAUCAACAACACAACCAACAACAGCUACACAAACCACUGGUGUGUCCACAACUGCAGGACCAUCAACAGGAACAGUACAAUCAACAACACAACCAAUAAAAGAGGAAACAACACAAGUAUCAACAGCUACUCAUGCCACUGGGGUGUCCACAACUAAAGGACCAUCAACAACACAACCAACAACAGCUACACAAACCACUGGUGUGUCCACAACUGCAGGACCAUCAACAGGAACAGCACAAUCAACAACACAACCAAUAAAAGAGGAAACAACACAAGUAUCAACAGCUACUCAUGCCACUGGGGUGUCCACAACUGCAGGACCAUCAACAACACAACCAACAACAGCUACACAAACCACUGGUGUGUCCACAACUGCAGGACCAUCAACAGGAACGGCACAAUCAACAACACAACCAAUAAAAGAGGAAACAACACAAGUAUCAACAGCUACUCAUGCCACUGGGGUGUCCACAACUAAAGGACCAUCAACAACACAACCAACAACAGCUACACAAACCACUGGUGUGUCCACAACUGCAGGAGCAUCAACAGGAACGGCACAAUCAACAACACAACCAAUAAAAGAGGAAACAACACAAGUAUCAACAGCUACUCAUGCCACUGAGGUGUCCACAACUAAAGGACCAUCAACAACACAACCAACAACAGCUACACAAACCACUGGUGUGUCCACAACUGCAGGACCAUCAACAGGAACAGUACAAUCAACAACACAACCAAUAAAAGAGGAAACAACACAAGUAUCAACAGCUACUCAUGCCACUGGGGUGUCCACAACUAAAGGACCAUCAACAACACAACCAACAACAGCUACACAAACCACUGGUGUGUCCACAACUGCAGGACCAUCAACAGGAACAGCACAAUCAACAACACAACCAAUUAAAGAGGAAACAACACAAGUAUCAACAGCUACUCAUGCCACUGGGGUGUCCACAACUGCAGGACCAUCAACAACACAACCAACAACAGCUACACAAACCACUGGUGUGUCCACAACUGCAGGACCAUCAACAGGAACAGUACAAUCAACAACACAACCAAUAAAAGAGGAAACAACACAAGUAUCAACAGCUACUCAUGCCACUGGGGUGUCCACAACUGAAGGACCAUCAACAACACAACCAACAACAGCUACACAAACCACUGGUGUGUCCACAACUGCAGGACCAUCAACAGGAACGGCACAAUCAACAACACAACCAAUAAAAGAGGAAACAACACAAGUAUCAACAGCUACUCAUGCCACUGGGGUGUCCACAACUAAAGGACCAUCAACAACACAACCAACAACAGCUACACAAACCACUGGUGUGUCCACAACUGCAGGAGCAUCAACAGGAACGGCACAAUCAACAACACAACCAAUAAAAGAGGAAACAACACAAGUAUCAACAGCUACUCAUGCCACUGAGGUGUCCACAACUAAAGGACCAUCAACAACACAACCAACAACAGCUACACAAACCACUGGUGUGUCCACAACUGCAGGACCAUCAACAGGAACAGUACAAUCAACAACACAACCAAUAAAAGAGGAAACAACACAAGUAUCAACAGCUACUCAUGCCACUGGGGUGUCCACAACUAAAGGACCAUCAACAACACAACCAACAACAGCUACACAAACCACUGGUGUGUCCACAACUGCAAGACCAUCAACAGGAACAGCACAAUCAACAACACAACCAAUUAAAGAGGAAACAACACAAGUAUCAACAGCUACUCAUGCCACUGGGGUGUCCACAACUGCAGGAUUAUCAACAACACAACCAACAACAGCUACACAAACCACUGGUGUGUCCACAACUGCAGGACCAUCAACAGGAACAGUACAAUCAACAACACAACCAAUAAAAGAGGAAACAACACAAGUAUCAACAGCUACUCAUGCCACUGGGGUGUCCACAACUAAAGGACCAUCAACAACACAACCUACAACAGCUACAAAAACCACUGGUGUGCCCACAACUGCAGGACCAUCAACAGGAACAGCACAAUCAACAACACAACCAAUAAAAGAGGAAACAACACAAGUAUCAACAGCUACUCAUGCCACUGGGGUGUCCACAACUAAAGGACCAUCAACAACACAACCAACAACUGCUACUCAUACCACUGGUGUGUCCACAACUGCAGGAGCAUCAACAGGAACGGCACAAUCAACAACACAACCAAUAAAAGAGGAAACAACACAAGUAUCAACAGCUACUCAUGCCACUGGGGUGUCCACAACUAAAGGACCAUCAACAACACAACCAACAACAGCUACACAAACCACUGGUGUGUCCACAACUGCAGGACCAUCAACAGGAACGGCACAAUCAACAACACAACCAAUAAAAGAGGAAACAACACAAGUAUCAACAGCUACUCAUGCCACUGGGGUGUCCACAACUAAAGGACCAUCAACAACACAACCAACAACAGCUACACAAACCACUGGUGUGUCCACAACUGCAGGAGCAUCAACAGGAACGGCACAAUCAACAACACAACCAAUAAAAGAGGAAACAACACAAGUAUCAACAGCUACUCAUGCCACUGGUGUGUCCACAACUAAAGGACCAUCAACAACACAACCAACAACAGCUACACAAACCACUGGUGUGUCCACAACUGCAGGAACAUCAACAGGAACAGCACAAUCAACAACACAACCAAUAAAAGAGGAAACAACACAAGUAUCAACAGCUACUCAUGCCACUGAGGUGUCCACAACUAAAGGACCAUCAACAACACAACCAACAACAGCUACUCACACCACUGGUGUGUCCACAACUGCAGGACCAUCAACAGGAACGGCACAAUCAACAACAAAACCAAUAAAAGAGGAAACAACACAAGUAUCAACAGCUACUCAUGCCACUGGUGUGUCCACAACUAAAGGACCAUCAACAACACAACCAACAACAGCUACACAAACCACUGGUGUGUCCACAACUGCAGGAACAUCAACAGGAACAGCACAAUCAACAACACAACCAAUAAAAGAGGAAACAACACAAGUAUCAACAGCUACUCAUGCCACUGGGGUGUCCACAACUAAAGGACCAUCAACAACACAACCAACAACAGCUACACAAACCACUGGUGUGUCCACAACUGCAGGAGCAUCAACAGGAACGGCACAAUCAACAACACAACCAAUAAAAGAGGAAACAACACAAGUAUCAACAGCUACUCAUGCCACUGGUGUGUCCACAACUGCAGGACCAUCAACAACACAACCAACAACAGCUACACAAACCACUGGUGUGUCCACAACUGCAGGACCAUCAACAGGAACAGCACAAUCAACAACACAACCAAUAAAAGAGGAAACAACACAAGUAUCAACAGCUACUCAUGCCACUGGGGUGUCCACAACUAAAGGACCAUCAACAACACAACCAACAACAGCUACACAAACCACUGGUGUGUCCACAACUGCAGGACCAUCAACAGGAACAGCACAAUCAACAACACAACCAAUAAAAGAGGAAACAACACAAGUAUCAACAGCUACUCAUGCCACUGGGGUGUCCACAACUAAAGGACCAUCAACAACACAACCAACAACAGCUACACAAACCACUGGUGUGUCCACAACUGCAGGAGCAUCAACAGGAACGGCACAAUCAACAACAAAACCAAUUAAAGAGGAAACAACACAAGUAUCAACAGCUACUCAUGCCACUGGUGUGUCCACAACUGCAGGACCAUCAACAACACAACCAACAACAGCUACACAAACCACUGGUGUGUCCACAACUGCAGGACCAUCAACAGGAACAGUACAAUCAACAACACAACCAAUAAAAGAGGAAACAACACAAGUAUCAACAGCUACUCAUGCCACUGAGGUGUCCACAACUAAAGGACCAUCAACAACACAACCAACAACAGCUACACAAACCACUGGUGUGUCCACAACUGCAGGACCAUCAACAGGAACAGUACAAUCAACAACACAACCAAUAAAAGAGGAAACAACACAAGUAUCAACAGCUACUCAUGCCACUGGGGUGUCCACAACUAAAGGACCAUCAACAACACAACCAACAACAGCUACACAAACCACUGGUGUGUCCACAACUGCAAGACCAUCAACAGGAACAGCACAAUCAACAACACAACCAAUUAAAGAGGAAACAACACAAGUAUCAACAGCUACUCAUGCCACUGGGGUGUCCACAACUGCAGGACCAUCAACAACACAACCAACAACAGCUACACAAACCACUGGUGUGUCCACAACUGCAGGACCAUCAACAGGAACGGCACAAUCAACAACACAACCAAUAAAAGAGGAAACAACACAAGUAUCAACAGCUACUCAUGCCACUGGGGUGUCCACAACUAAAGGACCAUCAACAACACAACCAACAACAGCUACACAAACCACUGGUGUGUCCACAACUGCAGGACCAUCAACAGGAACGGCACAAUCAACAACACAACCAAUAAAAGAGGAAACAACACAAGUAUCAACAGCUACUCAUGCCACUGGGGUGUCCACAACUAAAGGACCAUCAACAACACAACCAACAACAGCUACACAAACCACUGGUGUGUCCACAACUGCAGGAGCAUCAACAGGAACGGCACAAUCAACAACAAAACCAAUAAAAGAGGAAACAACACAAGUAUCAACAGCUACUCAUGCCACUGGUGUGUCCACAACUAAAGGACCAUCAACAACACAACCAACAACAGCUACACAAACCACUGGUGUGUCCACAACUGCAGGAACAUCAACAGGAACAGCACAAUCAACAACACAACCAAUAAAAGAGGAAACAACACAAGUAUCAACAGCUACUCAUGCCACUGAGGUGUCCACAACUAAAGGACCAUCAACAACACAACCAACAACAGCUACACAAACCACUGGUGUGUCCACAACUGCAGGACCAUCAACAGGAACGGCACAAUCAACAACAAAACCAAUAAAAGAGGAAACAACACAAGUAUCAACAGCUACUCAUGCCACUGGUGUGUCCACAACUGCAGGACCAUCAACAACACAACCAACAACAGCUACACAAACCACUGGUGUGUCCACAACUGCAGGAACAUCAACAGGAACAGCACAAUCAACAACACAACCAAUAAAAGAGGAAACAACACAAGUAUCAACAGCUACUCAUGCCACUGGGGUGUCCACAACUAAAGGACCAUCAACAACACAACCAACAACAGCUACACAAACCACUGGUGUGUCCACAACUGCAGGAGCAUCAACAGGAACGGCACAAUCAACAACAAAACCAAUAAAAGAGGAAACAACACAAGUAUCAACAGCUACUCAUGCCACUGGUGUGUCCACAACUGCAGGACCAUCAACAACACAACCAACAACAGCUACACAAACCACUGGUGUGUCCACAACUGCAGGACCAUCAACAGGAACGGCACAAUCAACAACACAACCAAUAAAAGAGGAAACAACACAAGUAUCAACAGCUACUCAUGCCACUGGGGUGUCCACAACUAAAGGACCAUCAACAACACAACCAACAACAGCUACACAAACCACUGGUGUGUCCACAACUGCAGGACCAUCAACAGGAACAGCACAAUCAACAACACAACCAAUAAAAGAGGAAACAACACAAGUAUCAACAGCUACUCAUGCCACUGGGGUGUCCACAACUAAAGGACCAUCAACAACACAACCAACAACAGCUACACAAACCACUGGUGUGUCCACAACUGCAGGAGCAUCAACAGGAACGGCACAAUCAACAACAAAACCAAUAAAAGAGGAAACAACACAAGUAUCAACAGCUACUCAUGCCACUGGUGUGUCCACAACUGCAGGACCAUCAACAACACAACCAACAACAGCUACACAAACCACUGGUGUGUCCACAACUGCAGGACCAUCAACAGGAACAGUACAAUCAACAACACAACCAAUAAAAGAGGAAACAACACAAGUAUCAACAGCUACUCAUGCCACUGAGGUGUCCACAACUAAAGGACCAUCAACAACACAACCAACAACAGCUACACAAACCACUGGUGUGUCCACAACUGCAGGACCAUCAACAGGAACAGUACAAUCAACAACACAACCAAUAAAAGAGGAAACAACACAAGUAUCAACAGCUACUCAUGCCACUGGGGUGUCCACAACUAAAGGACCAUCAACAACACAACCAACAACAGCUACACAAACCACUGGUGUGUCCACAACUGCAAGACCAUCAACAGGAACAGCACAAUCAACAACACAACCAAUUAAAGAGGAAACAACACAAGUAUCAACAGCUACUCAUGCCACUGGGGUGUCCACAACUGCAGGACCAUCAACAACACAACCAACAACAGCUACACAAACCACUGGUGUGUCCACAACUGCAGGACCAUCAACAGGAACAGUACAAUCAACAACACAACCAAUAAAAGAGGAAACAACGCAAGUAUCAACAGCUACUCAUGCCACUGGGGUGUCCACAACUAAAGGACCAUCAACAACACAACCAACAACAGCUACACAAACCACUGGUGUGUCCACAACUGCAGGACCAUCAACAGGAACAGCACAAUCAACAACACAACCAAUAAAAGAAGAAACAACACAAGUAUCAACAGCUACUCAUGCCACUGGGGUGUCCACAACUGCAGGACCAUCAACAACACAACCAACAACAGCUACACAAACCACUGGUGUGUCCACAACUGCAGGACCAUCAACAGGAACAGCACAAUCAACAACACAACCAAUAAAAGAGGAAACAACACAAGUAUCAACAGCUACUCAUGCCACUGGUGUGUCCACAACUAAAGGACCAUCAACAACACAACCAACAACAGCUACACAAACCACUGGUGUGUCCACAACUGCAGGACCAUCAACAGGAACAGCACAAUCAACAACACAACCAAUAAAAGAGGAAACAACACAAGUAUCAACAGCUACUCAUGCCACUGGUGUGUCCACAACUGCAGGACCAUCAACAACACAACCAACAACAGCUACACAAACCACUGGUGUGUCCACAACUGCAGGACCAUCAACAGGAACAGUACAAUCAACAACACAACCAAUAAAAGAGGAAACAACACAAGUAUCAACAGCUACUCAUGCCACUGGGGUGUCCACAACUAAAGGACCAUCGACAACACAACCAACAACAGCUACACAAACAACUGGUGUGUCCACAACUGCAGGACUAUCAACAGGAACAACACAACCAACAACAGCUACACAAACCACUGGUGUGUCCACAACUGCAGGACCAUCAACAGGAACAGUACAAUCAACAACACAACCAAUAAAAGAGGAAACAACACAAGUAUCAACAGCUACUCGUGCCACUGGUGUGUCCACAACUGCAGGACCAUCAACAACACAACCUACAACAGCUACACAAACCACUGGUGUGUCCACAACUGCAGGACCAACAACAGGAACAGCACAAUCAACAACACAACCAUUAACAGAGAUAACAACACAACCAACAACACAACCAUCAACAGCUACACAAACCGCUGGUGUGUCCACAUCUACAGGACCUUCAACUGGAACAACACAAUCAACAACACAAUCAUUUACAGUGGAAACAAUGCAAUCAACAACACAAACAGUGUUCACAGAAUCAACUGAACAAAUAUCUCAUACCACUUUACCCCAAGAACAAAUUACAACAAGUUGUUACUGCACAUUCGCAAAUGAAACAUUCCCUCCAGGGUCUAUGAUAUACAACCAAACUGAUAAAGCAGACUGGUGCUACACUGCUUACUGCAACUCAAGUUGUCUUGUUGAGAUAACGAAGAACCCGUGUUAUAAAACCACUACAGUUCCUGUUUCAACAGUUGCAAAUGAUUGUAAUGAUGUCAACCGAAAGAAUGGAGAAUCAUGGACUGAAGAAUGUAUAACGAAAACAUGCACAGAAGGGACGGUGACCUCCACCCCUGUGCAGUGUGACACAAAUGAUGCCGUGGUACCUACAUGUGCUAAUGGACUUACACCUGAGAAAGUCUAUUACAACAAUGGCUGCUGCUCUAAAUAUGAAUGCCAAUGUAAAUGCAGUGGCUGGGGUGACCCUCACUACAAAACAUUUGACGGAACAUAUUAUGCUUUCCAAGGAAACUGUUCAUACGUGUUGGUCAAAGAAAUUGUUCCUAAAUAUGACAUCAAUGUCCACGUUAAAAACUAUUACUGUAACACUGCAAAAAAUUUUGCUUGCCCCGAGUAUGUGAUUGUAAACUACAAAUCCUAUAAUAUCAAGAUAACAAGCUACAGCGAGGAUAUUCAGGUCUAUGUCAAUAAUGAUGUGAAGAUCCCAACAUACAGUAAUGAAGACUUCUCCAUCACCACGUCUGGAAUGGCUGUGACUUUGAGCAUCCCUGAAAUUAAAGCAGAAAUUUUAGUUAAUCAUCAUGGUUUUGAGGUCAAACUUCCAUUCUCUGAAUUCAGUGGUAAUACAGAAGGACAGUGUGGGGUCUGUGACAACAACCCUAAAAAUGACUGCAGACGUCCCGAUGGACAAACGGACGAAUCAUGUGGGAAUAUGGCACAACUGUGGGCAGACAGCCCAGAUUGUCAAACCUCUCCACAACCACCAUCUAAAGGCUCCAGCUGCAAUGCACAAAACUGUGAACUCAUCAAAAGCGAUUUGUUCAAGAGUUGCCAUGCAGUGGUGCCCUAUCAAAGCUACUAUGACGCAUGUAAAUAUGACAUAUGCAACAAGAAAAGUGAAUCUAUGGCCUGUACCAGUCUGGAGGCUUAUGCACGAACGUGUGGUGAGGCAUCUAUCUGUAUUGACUGGAGAAACUCAACUGAACCUAAAGGACUCUGUGACUACAAGUGUGCCGAUCAUAAAGUCUACAAGGCAUGUGGACCAAAGGUGGAAAAAACCUGCAGUACAAGAUACAACGAAAUGUUUGUGCACAAUGAAUGCGAAGAUCCAAAGUAUAUGGAAGGCUGUUUCUGUCCAGAUAACACAUAUCUACUUAGUUCAACAUCAGAUCAAUGUACAGCUAACUGCGAUUGCAUUGGCCCCGAUGGAUUAUCUAGACAGCCUGGGGAUUCAUGGACCAUCAACUGUACAACAUAUAGGUGUUCCAGGGAAAGGUUUGGUGUUGUGCAAGAGCCUGUUAAGUGUCCAAAAAUAAAGCCCUGUGGUGAACAAUACAAAACAACUAUAACAAACUGCUGUCCAACAUGUGAAUGCAAUAUGGAGCUGUGUCUUAUGAAGAAAUGUGACAUUGGAUACGAGUUGGCAAGCACUAAAUCUGAGGAUGGCUGCUGUCCAGCCUGUGUGCCCAAAAAUGUCUGUGUUUACAAUGACAAUGAGUACAAGCCUGGUGUUAAAAUCCCAACAGAUUCAUGCAAUCAUUGCACAUGUGGAAUGGAAAAGAACCCAAAGACUAACUUACAUAUUAUGGAAUGUUCUCCAGUAAAAUGUGAACCCUGUGGAGAGGGCUUUGAAGAGGUAAAGGUUGAAGGAGAGUGUUGUGCAAAAUGUAAGCCAACAGGAUGUUUGUAUAAAAACGCAAACAACAUCUCACAAAUUCUCAAGGUUGGAGAAAUACACAGUUCUAAAUGCGAGGGGGUGGUCUGCCGUGAGGUUGAUGGAGAGUAUUUGAUUGAAAAGUCAAUAAUGAAUUGCCCGGCCUUUAAUCCAGCUGAUUGUGUGCCGGGGACUGAGAGAAUGGAUGCAAAUGGAUGCUGCAAAAUCUGUGAUCGUAAAGACUGUGCAGUGGUAAGAACUACAGAGAGAGUGAGCGCAAACGACUGCAUAUCCAUCGAUCCUAUAGAAAUUACGUCCUGCAGUGGCCAAUGUGGUACCAAGUCAAUGUAUUCAAUGGAGCAACACUCAAUAAUGCACGUCUGUUCUUGUUGCCGGGAGACGAAAACUAGCAUAAAAGAAGUGAAGCUGAAGUGUCCCAAUAACAAAGUGAUCUCGCACCAAUAUAUCCACAUUGACAGCUGUGAAUGCACUUCAACCAAGUGUGGGGAAUGAUGACCGGAUAACAGAUUAUUUCUCUAUCAGACCUUGUUUUGAUAAUUUCAGAUUUGAACAUGACUCUGUUACAAUUUUUAAAAAUUAUUUGCAAAUUUAAAGAUAACGGUUAAAUAUUUUCUAAGUAUAGCCUAAACUGUACUCUCUUACUCUUUUAACAUAUCUUAACUUACUUAAUUUACUUAUUUUUUCUUUCUACCUGUUUGAUUCUUCUGUAAUGUUUAAUGAAAUUAUGUAUAAUUAAUUUGAAUGAAGGUGAAUGUUAAACUCAAUAAAUUAAGCAGCAAUUGA